AUAGAAUCUGUUAACAGUCGCACCAACACCACACUUCCGCGGUGCGGUGUUGAAAACGAAACGACAGGAUCAGAGGUUGAAUUACGUAAACUGUCAAAAUAUCCAAACUACCCUUUUGCUAGAGUGAUGUAUUUCUAAUCAGAAGUUUGAAUAUCAUAAUCAUCCCCAAUAAUCAUCAUGGCUGCGAGGGUCGGUAGGAUUUGUGGAAUUGGGCUUUUGAAACCUAAUGCUGGAUACAAUUUCAACCAGAUAAGUCCCAUAACCACACAAAAAGGAUGGUCAAAAAGUCGUAAAGCUCUAAUUGGUGCAUUUGGAGUUGUGGCAGGUGGUGCUGGUGCACUUCUUUUUGCCUUGGACCAAUCUGUUAAAGCUACCGAUUUGGUGUUACACCCUCCUAAAAAUUCUUGGAGUCACAAUGGACUAAUUCAAUCAUAUGAUCAUUCCAGUUUACGAAGAGGGUACGAAGUCUACAAACAAGUAUGUGCCGCCUGCCACUCUAUGAGAUUCAUUGCCUACCGCAACUUGAUUGGUGUAACCCACACCGAGGAUGAAGCCAAGGCUGAAGCUGCCGAAGUUUUGGUCACCGACGGUCCAGACGAGAACGGAGAAAUGUUCCAGAGACCUGGAAAGCUUUCCGAUUACUUCCCUAAUCCUUAUGCAAAUGAAGAAGCUGCGCGUGCUGCCAACAAUGGAGCUUAUCCUCCGGACUUGAGUUAUAUUGUGCUGGCUCGUCACGGAGGUGAAGAUUACAUAUUCUCCUUAUUAACUGGCUAUUGUGAGCCGCCUGCUGGUAUAGUACUCCGUGAAGGACAGUACUUCAACCCAUACUUCCCAGGUGGUGCCAUUUCAAUGGCCCAAGCACUUUACAAUGAAGCUCUUGAGUACGCAGACGGUACUCCUGCAAGUGCUAGUCAAUUAGCUAAAGAUGUAGCUACUUUCCUCAGAUGGUGUUCAGAACCAGAAUUAGAAGAUCGUAAAAGAAUGUACGUCAAGGCAGUCGGUAUUUUCUCACUUCUGAUUGGUUUGACAUUCUAUAUAAAGAGGCACAAAUGGAGCACACUGAAAACUAGAAAAAUCGAAUUCAGGCCCAAGAAAUGAGCGCAAAGUAUAGAUUGAUUGAACUAUAUAGUGUGACAAUUAACGUUCGUAAGACCUGUAAAACUCUGCUGUUUACAAUUUCUAUUCAUUUCUGGAAUGUAUAUAUAUUCAAACCACGAUUGACACAGUUUAUCAUAAGCUCCAACAAUUCGAAAAGUAUUAGUUUGUCAUUUUAUUAACGUUAUUUGUUACAAUAAAUUAUAUAAGUUUUAA